GAAGCUUACUAUCUUGAGGUUGGCGCGGUGUGUGAAAUUCGUAUCUACUUUGUCGAAAAAUAAUGGCUUCUAAACGGACUAAAAAACGAAAAGUCAAACCGGUUUGUUUUCAGACGUUAUAUGAUCAAAUUGUCUGCCGAACACAUAAAAAUAGCAAAGGGACAAUAUUAUCAGACAGUAAUCUCUCUCACCUUUUGGGAGCUCUGGAAGCAUGUAAUAGCAAGUGGAAAUCUACAAUUCUAAAGCUUCACUCGCUUGUGUGCAUUCAGAAGUCAGAAGUCAAACGGCUAAAAAGCUUACAGGAACACACCGAAGCUAUGUAUAAAGCAGAGGUUGAAAAACGGCUUUAUGCAGAAAAGUUGGCCAAGUCUCUUGAACGCAAACUCAGUGUGAUAAGACAAGUACUACUUGUUAAUGACGUUGAUAGUGCUAAACGUCAACUUGAUAAUAUUGACCUUUCAUUGAGUGCUCUCGAUGAAUCUUGCAAUGAUAAUGGUCAAAAUGAAUGGUCUAUAGAGUGGAAUGGCACCGCUGUUGGUUCGAGUCCUGUGGUCAGAGAAGGUCAUCCUCGCAGUCGUGGAUCAAAAAAGAUUCCCAGGGCAAGUUCUGUUGGUCAAGUUGGCAUUCCUAGACGUUCUACUACAAAACAAGAAUUACGGAGUUCAUCUAUGCAAAAAUUUAUCUUACAUUGUUCUGGUGAAAGAUUAUCAAAAUCUCCUAAAUACACAGCACAGCAUCUGGAGACUAUUAAUCGUCUUAAUCGCCCUCACAAUUUUGUGUCACGAACAAUUUUACGAUUGGAAACGUGCAGUGCGUGUGCUCGUCGCAUUACUUUUACCAAAAUGGCCUAUAAAUGUUUAAUAUGCCGUCUUGUUGUUCACCCUAACUGCCGACAACAACUUAUUCAAACUUGUGUAACACCGAUUGCACCACGUCUAGUGUACGGUAAAACAAGUCGUGGUGCAGGAACUUCAUCCAAACCACCAGCUUACAUUCCUCUCUCGUCGCUGACUCAAUGUCGUAGCCGUGGUUCUGUGGACCGAGUUUCAGGCAGUCCUACAGGUAUCCGAAGAAAAGGGUCACGUAAUUUAAGUUUGUCUUUAUUAUGCCCUUCUAAUCAAUUUCCACAAAUACCCGGCCUGGUGAUACAUUGUGUAAAUGAAGUGAUGGCUCGGGGUAUGCAAACUAUUGGACUUUAUCGUGUUUCUGGUUCUGAAAAACAAGUUCGAGAUUUAUAUGAGAAAUUUCUCCAUAGUCGCAGUACACCGAGCUUGGCUUUAAUAGAUGAUAUUCAUGUUAUCUGCUGUUGUUUAAAGUUAUUCCUACGGAGUUUAGAAGAACCAUUAGUUACUUAUUUGCAACGAUCAAAUCUAAUUGCUGUCAGUGAAGAGUACGCAACAAAUGCAUCCAAAGCUGUUGAGUCCGCAGUUAACGUUUUGAAGAAAUUACCAACCCCUAAUCGACAUACUCUUUCAUUUAUUAUGCUUCAUUUAAAGGCCGUUUCUCAUACACCAACUUGUCAGAUGAGUGAAGAGAAUUUGUCUAAAGUAUUUGGCCCGACGCUGGUUGGAUAUUCCUGUCCAGUACCUCAAAUUAUGCAAGCUAUUACGGAAACAAAACCUCAGCAAGAUGUUUUACGAUUACUUUUCAGUGUUGAUGAUGAUCAGUAUUUAUCAAUCCUCUCAGAUUGGAAUGAAACUACACAAACUAGAGUAGUGCAAGACAACCAUUUCAGGUCAGCCGCCGCGGAUACGUCUACGUCUUCUGUAACACCUAUUUCACGUAAACUACGACAACUGGAAGUCGGUGCGCUGCCUCGAAAAAGACUCAAUAGUCCACCGCCACAUAGACCACCACGAAGGUGAAAACACGUCUAUCUUCAAAAUGCCCUUAAAAAAUUUCACCAAAUAAACCUCAUAAACACUCUCCAUCUUCCAUCCAUUGUCCUUAUAGUCACCAUUCACUAAACAAUUAAAAUCGAACAUUCCUCUGAUGAAA